UUAAGGUACAUUACGUAUCAGUUGUUUUUUGAGCUUAAGAUAAAGAUACUAUAUAUAUGGCCAAAUCACUUACACUCAUUCUUUUCCUGUUUUGUUUUUCAUGGAUACUAUUAGGGCACAUCACAUGGUCUAUUACAGACAUAUCGUUCUUGCAGUUGGUAAAUCAUGGGAUUUUAGAGGAGCUUUUACAGAGAUUGAAAGAGUAGAGAAGGUUUAUUACAUGAUGAUGGUUCACAAAGGACGGAAGGCGUCUGAUAAGGAGGCAGUGAAGAAUGCUGACUUAGCAGAUCUGGAUGUGGAAGUUUCUGACCAAAACAUAGAAUCUGAAGACGAUGUAGAAGUUUCUGACCAAGAUGUAGAAUCUGUAGAUAUUCUUGAUGUGGAAGUUUUUCACGCAAAUUUAGAAUCUGAAGAGGAUGAUGGUGAUAUAAAGCUAAGUGUAUCCGGCAGUAUAUGACAGAGCUAUCCUACUUGAUAAACUUUGGAAUGUCAGCUGGCCAGAGAAUGUUGAUUGGAUACACAAGUUUACUCUUGAUUAUAGUCAAAAGAAAGAGGUGGAUGUGAAUGACGACCUGAACCAAGAGCUAUCCUUUUAUAACCAAGCUCUUGACAAUACUAGAGAAGCUUUUACGAAAUUGAAAUUUAAUGAAUAUUUAUUUUUGAAGGCCUACAGAUUAUUAUGCUGAAAUGGUGAAAAGUGAUCAUCACAUGGAAAAUGCUAGAGACGGCUUUUGGCAGGAAAAAAAAAAGAAUCUAGGAAGCAGAGGAGAGAAAGAAGGCUAGAGAGAACAAAAAGAUGUCAAAACCAGUCCAAGCUAGAAACAAAAAUAGAGGGCUAAGGAAAAGAAGAACAAGAUUGAAUCUGUUAAAAAGUGGAGGAAGCAGAGGCAACAAAAUGGGUUCCCUGUGGUUUAAAAAGAUUUUGACAUCGGCUUAUCGUUUGAGGAUGGAUAUAUAUUUGAAAGCUAAAAUAAAAAGAGACAUGGGGUGCAUCCUGGUGAUCGUUCUAGAGGCAAGGCACGCCAAUGUGCUGGCAAGGGUAAACCAGGAGCCAUACAAAUUCUUCAGCAGGGACAUUAAUUCAAAUUCUUCUGCAGCGACAUUAAUUCAAAUUCUUCAGCGGGGACAUCGAACUGAAGCCAUCUUCUGUUUUCAUCGGAGUGUAGGAAAAGAUCUGCCGUGUCCUGUUUCGCCGCCUUCUAUCUGGGAUAUCCAGAGGAGACAUGGUGUUAACGAAAAUCGAGUGCCUGGUGAUGUAAACAAUGAGAACAUCGAAAAUGUCGAUCCCAAUUCACAUACUGCAUGUGCGGGAAGUAAUGGACGAAAGAGUUGUCACAUGCCGAACUCCUCUUCUAUGUCUAAUAGUUUUCUGCCUCAAUAUGAUGUUCCUCAAUCGACUGAAAGCAAUGAUCCAAAUACGGGACCGGUUUCAAGCGGACCUUCAGGCACUACCACUGUUGGUUGUAGUCAUGAUUUUUUGACGCCAUCACAGAGACGGCUACAUGGCGUUGAUCUAUCUAAAGUAUCAACUCCAACACCAAACAUAACAGGUUUUCAAGACAGGCUCGGGACUCAAAGUCCAACUGGAAUUACACAGAAGGGAUUCAUAGGUUCAAGCCAGGCAUCAGGUUGAUCCUGCAGUUGGGGCAGCUCUACUGGCUUGGAAUUACUUAACUAAAGAAACAAAUGAGGAAUUUCAUAGACAGCCAUAGUGGGAUAUGAUAAUAGUGUAUAGUUACAUAGGAUGAAAUUUAAGAUUAAUAGGUGGUUGCUGAGGAAACUGGUUUCACCAGGGAUGAGAUGAUUAGCAGCUAGGGAUUCAAAUUUUUUGAAUACUCAUGAAGUUGGUGGGCAUGAAAAGUUGCAAAGUGCAUGUGGGAGUUGUUCUGAAGUGUCCAAAGCAGGCUGAUCAAGAAUAACAAUAGUAAAGCCGGUCUUUAGUGAAAGUUGUGAGAAUUGUCUUUGUUUCUUUGCUCUGGUAGUAUGCCUGAUAAGCAGGACCUCUGGUUACAUAGAUUAAAUUGUACUUUCAUAUUGGGGUUAAUUUAACCUAAGGUGAUCACUAUAUGCAAUAUGC